UGGAUUAGAUUCGUUCGGAAAAAAAGUAAAUUCUCUGUGUUACACCAUGUCCGUGGCGGAAACGUUUAUCGAGGAAGACGGUUUCGGCUUCAUUCCUAGGCCUGCUCGCAAUAAACACAACCAACCGUUCGAAAUCGUUCGAAGGUACACAAUGACGAACAAGCACAAAGCGUCGGUGCAAUUGAUAUCUUGGGGGGCUACUAUCCAAGCCAUCAAGGUACCGAAUCAAUCGGGCAUUUUGGGCGACGUUGUUCUAGGAUUCGACGACGUGGAGGGAUAUUUGAAGAACAGGUACAUAGGCAGCACGAUUGGCCGAGUCGCGCAUAAAAUUUCUAUGGGGAAAAUGAAGAUCAAUAACAAGAAUUACUCUUUGACCAUCAACGACAAAACUAGCAUGAGCCAUUACAACGGAGGUUUCUUCGCGUUCGACAACGUUAAUUGGAAUUCUUACAUAUUCAAGAAGCACGUGGUGAUGACCCAUACGAGUUUAAGGAACAGCGAGGGUUAUCCGGGUGAUCUUCUUACGCAGAUUAAAUAUUCUUGGACGGAUGAUAAUCAGCUGAUCAUAAAUAUCCGUGCUUGCGCUACCGAACCGACACCUGUUAACAUUACUAAUAAUUGUUUGAUGAAUCUUGCUGGACACGCUUCCGGCCCGAAGGAAUUGAGGAAACACGUAAUCUCGUUGAACGCUGCUAGCUGGACCUUCACGGAUAUUAUAAGUGAAUUGCCGACAGGUGCUAUACUUCCGGUUGAUCAUACGGUAUUCGACCUACGCUUACCGACUCAGUUAACCAAGAGAAAACUUUACAUCAUACCGGGGGGUGGUUACAACCAGAACCUUUGCAUAACCAACUUCAACCGUUGGUUUUAUCGUUUCCACGCUAGAGUUAUUCAUCCCGGGUCUGGAAGAACUUUAGAGGUAUAUUCGAAUCAUCCGGGAUUACGAUUCUCCACCGGGAACGACUUGCCGGACCUCGAUCGCAAAUAUCCACCCGACUUCGAGGAAUAUUGCGAUUGCAUGGAUCCAGUUAGGCCAUUCUUAAAUUCUUUUUUAACCAAAGCUCGAUUAUCCCACGAAUCUUCGAAAUUUCGAAUAAUAACACAAUUCCAGGUGAAGAAUGUAACUGAAAAGGAAAUUUGGGGCAAGGAUGGUGUACGGUAUCAGAGGCACGGUGGAUUCAUCUUGUCGCCCCAAAAUUAUCCCGACUCGAUCAAUAUUAAGAAUUUUCCCUCUUGCAUAAUUAAUCCUGGCCAGAUUUACGUGCACGACAUAACGUACAAAUUUGGCCUGUUGACAAAGAAUGAACAGUAGUAAAUAAACGGUGGAAGAGCGAUAUUAGGAUUGAUUUAGUUAUUGAUUGAUAAAGAAGAGUGCAGAUUUAUAAUACAUAUAUUUGUGAACCAUUGCGUGUCGGGUGAAGUAGUCUUUUCGUAAUCCACACCGAUUGUACAAAAUUAUCCGUCAUAGUCUCUAUUCACAUAUGCCACAUAAGACGCGAUUCAUUAAUCGCUCAAUUAAGGGCUAUUAAUUAAAUUGUACAAUGUUUUAUCGGAUCGAUUAACGUUAAUUUUCUUAUAUAAUUCUCUUUUCAUUAUCUUGAAAGGCACUUCGUGGAACGAGGAGGUGGAUACGAGGAGAAGAUAUGGAUGUUUAUGAUUUAGAUUUUAAAGAAAUAUCAAAUUUUUAUUUGACGAUAUUAGUCUCGAUAAAGAUAUAUAUCCAUAAUAUCUCCACGCAUUCCUAUUCGUACCGAUUCGUUUUAUCUUCUAGUACAUAUAAAGCUAUGUUUGUAUAUGUAUACAUUUCGUUCACUUAGGUUUAAAAAAUAGAAAAGUUCGUUUCGUUUUUUUUUUUUUUUUUGUACAUCCCUAAAAAGUGUUAUUUCUACGUGUGUAAUAACAUGUUAUUGCGGGCAGUUAAA